ACCAAGUCAGGCACAUUGUUGCGCGCAACCGGGUCAUCAGUUCAUUCGCGAACUCCCCAGCUGCAUCGCAAGUGAAUCAACUGCACCGCCAGAAUGUGCAUGAAGACCGAGUGUGCAACGUGCCACAAGCCCACGUGGAGAGGCUGCGGCAUGCACAUCGAAAGCGCGCUCAACGGUGUGAAGGAGGAGGAUCGCUGCCCCGAAUGGAAGACCGGCAAGCACUACCUUCCCGGACAGGAACCGGAGGGCUGGGGAUGCUCCGUCCAGUAACUCGACGUCGAGUGGUUAGAGUAGAGAAAACAAGGCGUCAGAACUGCUACAACGCAUUCAUUUGAUAUUCAAUGCAACGUUUGAACAUACCCAGCAUUGCUG